AUGGAUGCCAAAAGCGGAAUAAGCUGCAUGCACGUCCAUGCGGCACUGCUGUACCCAUCUCAUGGCAAUCCCCGGGCCGUCGCAACUAAGGGCGAUAUAGCACCAACUCCUUCAUGGGAUCCCUCGUCAAUUGCAAUAGUAGACGAAGAGGUACUAGACGUCGUUACAGUGGAAACCGAUGUUGAAGAAGUGCCGGAUACACCAACUAGAGGUCGCUCCACUGAUAAUCGCGACGUCAUUAGGGAUAUGAUGCAAAAAAUUGAGACGGUAUACCUUCAGAUUUUAAAGAAAAGUAUGACAUCAAUAAACAUCUUGAUUGGGACUACGCAGCUGAGCGAACACGCAUGCUCAGCGUCCUAA